AUGUUCUCAUCUUUUGCUUGUAUAGCGGUUCUUCAAAAUGAUAUUGAUUUGCUAAAUCCUCCUGCUGAACUUGAGAAGAGGAAACACAAACUCAAGCGUCUUGUUCAGUCACCGAACUCUUUCUUCAUGGAUGUUAAGUGUCAGGGUUGCUUUAACAUAACGACUGUGUUUAGCCACUCUCAGACUGUUGUUGUGUGCGGAAACUGCCAGACUGUCUUGUGCCAACCAACUGGUGGACGGGCUAGGCUAACUGAGGGGUGCUCCUUUAGGAAGAAGGGAGAUUGA